AUGCAAGGCGUUGUGGAAAGUCACUUCUGGAGCCUCACGCGGUACCGCAUAGGUCGGCGCUUUCUGGGCCUUGACUACGCCGACAACGUCAUCCUCUUCCCCGCGUAUCGAAAGAAGACGUGGGGCGGGUGGGCCGCCGUCACCCUCGGCGCGACGAACGCGAGUUACCUGACAAACGACACCUCUGCCGUGAACGUGCUGGAGGACGGCUACCCGCUGCACCUGCGGGCGAGCACGAAGCUGCAGGCCUUCAUCGCAGAGGAGCGGAAUGUUUGGCAGAAGCAGAGGGAAGAAGCGAUUGCGCGGCGCGCGGCGGCGCUUGCCGCGGAGGCUGCCACUGUCUCUAGCGCGAAUAACGACACCAGCACGAAUGACCGCAUCGCGAAUAAUGCCGGGGAGGGCGCGAAAAGGAUGACGGGGACGCAUGAGUACGACGAGCAACAAUUUCGUGAUGCCAUUAUCAUCAAAUGUACCUCACCGGGUUUCGCCCAGCGCCAUCUACGCCUGAGCCGCUUGGCCACCGCCUUGUACAAGACGCUGUACUUUUACGUUUGGGGGGUUGCCAUCUCUAUCAUUGUGCAGGCCUACCUGCUGUUCCGAGGAUGGCUGAACCCGCCGGCGCGGGAGGGGCUAAAGAACCUUGAGAGCCAUGUGCUGCAUGUCCCGAAGCUUCUCUUCGGUCUCUGCGUGUCCGCUUUUGCGUGGCUGGCGCACCAAGUGCAGCCGCUGGUGGAUCCGAUUCUUCAUGUUCUUGAGAAGAGGUUUCCGCAGGUGAACUGGAGCGCCGCGUCACCAAAGGUCAUUGCAACGAAGGCGCAUCAGCUGGCAGGAAAUGAGGUCGCAGCGCAGCAGUCAGCAUCCAAGGAAGAGGUGAAGAUCUCGGCAAGAAGGGUGGUGCAAGGGAAGGCAGAGGCGGAGCGUCGGGCGUGGUGGGCGCAGGCGUUUCUUGCAUUAUUCUGCCUUUUAUGUCUCCUUUGCGUUAUUUAA